GCGCAUGCGUGGGAUAUUUCACGUGGAGAGAGCAGCAGAGAUCCCCCCCCCCUCUCCACUGUGUGUCAGAUCAAGAAGAAACCGGGGUGCAGCUGCUUCACGUCGACUACCAGACCUCUCACACGUCCACAAAUGGCCUUCAGGAAAUUCCUCCCCUUGUUCGACCGGGUGCUGGUGGAGCGCUUGGUCGCGGAGACGGUAACGAAGGGCGGCAUCAUGCUGCCAGAGAAGGCUCAAGGCAAAGUGCUGCAGGCCACGGUGGUGGCCGUAGGUCCCGGCUCUGUCAACCAGGACUUCUACAACUGGCCGGAUGAAUCAUUUGAGGAGAUGGACAGCACCCUGGCUGUCCAACAGUAUAUUCAGCAGAACAUUAGAUCAGAUUGCUCCAAUAUCGACAAAAUCCUGGAGCCUCCGGAGGGUCAGGACGAGGGAGUGUGGAAGUAUGAACACCUCAGGCAGUUCUGCCUGGAGCUCAACGGACUCGCCGUGAAACUGCAGAGUGAGUGCCACCCAGACACCUGCACCCAGAUGACCGCCACGGAGCAGUGGAUCUUUUUAUGUGCCGCCCACAAGACCCCCAAAGAGUGCCCUGCCAUCGAUUACACCAGGCACACGCUGGACGGAGCUGCCUGUCUCCUCAAUAGCAACAAAUACUUUCCCAGCAGGGUGAGCAUCAAGGAGUCGUCAGUGGCCAAACUCGGCUCCGUCUGUCGUCGCAUCUAUAGGAUAUUCUCUCACGCCUACUUCCAUCACCGCCAGAUAUUUGAUAAGUAUGAGAACGAAACGUUCCUCUGUCACCGGUUCACACGCUUCGUGAUGAAGUACAACCUGAUGUCCAAGGACAACCUGAUCGUGCCCAUUCUGGAGGAGGAGGUGCAGAACACCUCGUCAGCUGGGGAGAGCGAGGCCUAGAGAUACAAGCUGCUGCCAUAAAGGGAGACGCACACACACGACAGAGGCCAGACACACACACACACACACACACACACACACACACACGCACACACACACACACACACACACUACAGUGUGUUAAGGCUCCUGUCUAGUAUCACUGUCCCCUCCACCCGUGUCACCUGUGUCUAUCUCAGAGGAAGUAAGUGUUAAAGAGUAGCGGGAGCAGAGUUAAGCCACGCCUGCAGGACAAGAUGACGUUUUCUAUCCUAUUUACACUCGUUUGUUCAGAUUCACGCCGUGUGUCUCUGGAUACAGCCCCCCCGCUCCCACACCACUCCUUUUAGGGGAAAUCGCUUUUCCUUUUAGUCUUUAAGCAGCUGGAUUUGCAAAAAUGUAAUCAUGGUGACUGGUAUUGUUGACAAAGGCAAACACUGACGGCCCCCCCCCCCCCUCCUUCUGUAUAUAAACCCCCCCACUCCCCAAUCUCUCUUGAUUCCCUAUCAUGUUUUCUGAUGGUGCUUCACUUUUUUGUGUCUGCUUCUGUUCUCUAUUCGCUUUGUGUUGCCUGUUUUCGGGGGGUUGUCCCAUAAAAUGGAUCACUAAAUUAGCCUGCUGACUUAGAAAUGCUAUUAAAACGUGUGCGUGCGCGCGCGUGCGUGCGUGCGUGCGUGUUAGUGAACAAAGACAAACUUAAUCUCUAGCUUUGUAAGUGUACUAGCAGUCAGAUAUUCUUUCUCUUUGGCCUCUGAAUGAUGUUUCUGAGUAUUUAGAAAAGGCUUGUUGGCUAACUCUGAUCCUGCUUUGUGACAUGCUCCUUGUUUCAACGCUGUGUUUAAUGUGCCUGAUGUUCCCUUUCUCCUUGACGUUAUAGAAACCGCGUCUUUCUGUGACUGUGCUGCUGUAAGCCAGUUUUUACUUAAACAUUUGAGUAAAUACAAGGAAAGGAUGAAAUAUCAGCUACAUUUACGUAUCUGAGCACAACCUCCCUUUUCCCCUCCCCCUCUUUAAGUUAUUUUGUGGGAGAAGUCUUGGCAAUCCAAACCCACUUUUUUUUUUUUUUAAAUGGACUAAACUUUUGUUACUGUCGACAUUUUCGUGUCUGUUAAUAAAAAAUACCUAUAUUCA